GCUUCGCCGCCACUUCCGGGUUAGCGGUGGCGGCCAGCGAGUCUGAGGAGAAGGCGGCGGAGGGGGCCUGCGAGGUUUCUCUGAGGGAGACGCGGCUCACGAAGACUCCUCAGCCAUGGGUGGCUUUUUUUCAACCAUUUUUUCCAGUUUAUUUGGUACACGGGAGAUGAGAAUUUUAAUCUUGGGAUUAGAUGGAGCAGGAAAGACCACGAUUCUCUACAGAUUACAAGUUGGAGAAGUUGUGACUACCAUUCCUACAAUUGGUUUUAAUGUAGAAACAGUAACCUACAAGAAUCUGAAGUUUCAAGUCUGGGACUUGGGAGGACAGACAAGCAUCAGACCCUAUUGGAGAUGUUACUAUUCUAAUACAGAUGCAGUAAUCUAUGUAGUGGACAGCUGUGACAGAGACAGAAUUGGAAUUUCAAAGUCUGAGCUUGUUGCCAUGUUGGAGGAAGAAGAACUAAAGAAAGCCAUUUUAGUUGUGUUUGCAAAUAAACAAGAUAUGGAACAGGCUAUGACUCCUACGGAGAUGGCAAAUGCACUUGGACUUCCAGCUCUGAAGGAUCGAAAAUGGCAGAUAUUCAAAACAUCUGCAACCAAAGGCACUGGACUUGAUGAGGCAAUGGAGUGGUUGGUGGAGACUUUGAAGAGCAGACAGUGAAAUGGGCUUGAAGUUUGCUUUCAGCAGUCAUGUGAAUGAAUGGAAUGCUGUAAAUAGGACUGACAGAAUAUGAUCUUUUGAAAGAGAUGGGGUUUCUGUGCAUUGUAAAUCACACUGAAUCAAUUGAAUGUUUGUCUGUACUAUGUUUACUCCAUUUCUUAUCUUGUGAAACUUAUAUAUGUAACAUCAAUUUUUAUGAUAGUUAUAUAAUCGAAGAUAGACCAUGAAAAUAAAUGAUUGGAAUAAAACUUUGUUACUAAGUGUUUGGAACUAUUUAACACUAAUAAAUAUUUAACUAUCUUGUGUCUAGA